AUGGUUAAGGUUAAGUCAAACAGUAAUCGCGACAAGGAUGACCGCGAAGAGCUCUCUUACCCUGGGUCGCCGCGCAGCCAAAAGUGGAUCGGAAAUCUGUUGCCAGUGCUGGAGCGCUACAACUACAACUAUGCCGAGAUCGUACAAUUGGUAAAGGCUUGCGAUUACAAUGGGGAAAAGAUCCAGCAAGAGGUUGAUCGCAUCAUGGAGAUUAACAUAGGUCAUGAGCAGGGAGAGUGGACCGUGGUUAAACCGCAACAAAGGGUGAAGUCAUUUCCGUCAACUAAGGGAGAGAGGACUGUGGGUAAUGGCAUGCGACGAGACGCUGGGAAAAACGCUCGGUCCACGGAUGUGAAACCGCCGCGCCGGCAACGCAAUGUUCGUGAGGUUGCACAAACUGCUAUAUUUAAAGAAACCGUGGAAAUUGUGACUACUGCGGCCCCCGUGCUAUCUGUUGUUGCUGCGGCGCAGCAACACUCGUCUGAAAAGGAGCGAACGAGGACCUCACGUGAAAAGAAGGAGGGCCGAGAAGCACGCAAAGACGCAGCCCCUAAAGAGAUACGAAAGGAACCACAAAAGUUGAAUCACCAGCCUGGUAUCAAGAAAGCCUUACCUGUGCAAUGGGCAUCAUUACUGAAGAAGCCAAGCGAAGAUGAUACAAGCGUGCCAGCGACGGCACCACCACCUCCACCGGCUGCGCCACCAGAGAAUACUCAAGCCAAGGCCAAGAAAAAACCCAUUGAGAAAGCGGUGACAGAACCACUGGUGAAAGCUGUGGCCCCAGAGUCCAAACGUGAUGUGGAGGCUGUGGCCCUCGCACAGGCAGAGGAAGCCCUAAAGAAACUGGAGGUUAGCGAACGGACAAAGGUUGAACAACCCUCUCAAAAUAAGUUGUUACCACCACCCAAACAGCACCACCCAGAUCACAAGCCUCAACAACAGCGAUCGCGCCCAGCGACGGUGGAAGUUGAUGAGGUAUCCCCCGUUAUCAUGCCCAGGCCCUUGCCUGCCGGCAUUGAUGCAUCUGCCAUGUUCACAUACUUUGACGAGGAACCUCCGAAAACAAAUGUGUGGACACCGACAUCUCCCGUUGCUUCCUAUCAGCAAUCUUCAGUGGGACGGCGCGACCACAAGUAUUUUAGGGGUUCACAUUUGGGACGUGCGGAUCACGCUAGUCGCCUCAACAUGUUACAUCACGAUGGAAGCGCACUAGUUGCGCAUGAUCCGGGUAAUAUGCAGCAGCAUGAACAGUUGGAUUCAUGGCCAGGCUACGGCUCGCACAUGCAACAGGAUAGUGCCCAUGAUGGGAAUUUCCAUGGACACUGGCAGAUGGGAUACUACGGUAACCGUUACUCAAACCCAAAGCACCAGGCAUUCACCUAUGGAUAUGAGAAUGACAAGCACAAAACAUAUAGACAAGGUGGUCAUGACCACUACGGACCGAAGGACAACCGCCAUCAUGUGAACGGGGUGUACGUGAACUACGGAUACCAACACGAACGUAUACAAAGUCCUCCGGGUUUGGUUGGAUUCUACACCGCUCAACAGCCGUUUUACGGAUUCCCGAAUUCGGCAGCGCAAGGUUGUAACGUGGUCUCCUCGGAAGUGUGUGUCAUAUGGGCGUCAACUGUUGUAAGUAAACGAGGAUUCCAACAAGAUGAAUUGCUUCACAUCGCGAGGAGUUUCGCGCGGAGUGAGUACUCACGUUUGGCAGUUCAAAUUGUGCUACUUUCUCCCUUUUCACUCUGUCGCAUCUACUCUAAUGGCCGUGUGAUUGUGAUGGGCAAUUUGACAGAGCUGCAAGCGCGUGAGCAAUUGAAACGCGUUCUAUGCAAGUUGCGGUAUCGCACCAAAUGGAAAGUUAUGACGCAACCUGGAGAAGUAUCACACGGAAACGGCCUGCAAUGGUGUUAUCUAGUCAAUAAAGAUGUAUUGCCAGUGAAGGCUGCGGUACAGGAAAUUAAGAUUGACCAAAUAUAUUGCAAAGUUGUUUUCGAUGUACCUCUUGAUCUGAGGUUACUGCACCAGAAGGGGAUAGACACGAAACAUCAUAUUACUAAGAUAUCCGGCAGCUGUCUUCGGUUACAAAUAGACCUGCCGCAGCCUCAAGGAGAGUCUUUACCUAAGGAAGAGCUCGAUCCGGCACCUGUAUGGGACGCCGGAGUUGAGCUAGAACGUGAGCUUGAGUUAGAACUGACCCGUAUCGCAACACGUAAGAAUCGUUUCGCUACUUGCAUCAUCUACAAAAGUGGUAAAUUGGCCAUUUUGGGUUGUUGCAGUCGUGAAGAAAUUAGGUUCGCUUUCGGUGUCGUGGCAAAAUUACUGUAA